CGUUGUUUCCUCGUCUGGUUUCUUUUGCUCCACGUCGGUGCGGGUGGAUUUAAAAAAAACAAAACAAGAGGGGCUCGCGCUUUUUGCGAACAACUUAACGCUGCGUGUUAGCAAAGCAGCCACACAUUUCACGCAUUAGCAUCUAAUGAUGGACGCUGUCCUUCACACCUCUCGGGAAGGAGAGGGAGUAGGUAAUGCGCUAUUACCCCCGCCUCUCUCCGCCACGACCAUCGGUCUGUGCGGUCACCGGGAGUCCGUCGGUCGGUUGUGGCGCGCGAGCUAGCCACGUCUGAUAAGACGCGCCAAGACGCGGUGAAGCUAGUUGGCGGGGCUAACGUGAAACCGUCUUUCUUCUCCGAGAUCCCGCGGCGACGAACUACACGAAUGCAACGCCAAGGGGACAUUAUUAAACUGCGGAUGGUUUAGUCACAAUCACGCCAGACAGAGGAUUUUGCUGAAGCUCAUCGAACGUGUCGCUCCACCGCUGGACUAGUUCCCGGAUGGAGAUGAGCGAGAGAGAGAGAGAGAGAGAGAGACGCACGGAGGGCCUUCACGCCCCCUUCACCGAGUUAACUGUUGCUUAACUUCCCCUUGAAUUUAAUUUGGACCAACGUUUCAAACCUGCAGACGAGACUAGUUCAUAAGUCCCUUAUGUCCCGCUGCGUCAGCUCCUUCGGAUGUGAAAAGGAUUUGUUCUGCAGCACACUGUGGCUGCAAGCGUCAGCAAGGGCCCCACUGAUUUUGAGGAGUGUAAACGAUGUUCUUGGUUCUCGUCUGGGGGGCCCCGUGAAGGCAGGCGGCCGUCCCAUGCCUGUGCAAUUCUGACUAUGCUGCUCUCGGUGGCGCUGGGCAUAGUUUUCUCCUGCACUGCGGUCGCCACUGAGAGAGCCGCGGACGCCAACCGCGGAGCGCCAGCGCCGCUCCUCAACUACAGCUGGAUCUCCCUGCCGCCGGAGCACAUACCCUACUUCCUCCACAACAACAAGAGGGUCGCCAAGCGGUGUCGUCGGGACCCACUCUGCCCUUUUAAAGAUGCACCGCUGGGUUUGUUUGCCUGUUGGGGUUAUGAGAAGAGCUGCGAUCCAGGGAUGCGGUUCAGUUAUCCAGUCUGCACCAGAGCGGACUCCGGAUGGGCUCGUUCACUGGAGGCUGCCCAGGAGCUUUUCUGGAAGCAGGCGGAUUUUGGCUACGUCAAAGAGCGACUUUCUGAGCUCAAAACACUCUGCAAGGCCAGCAAGCCGGGGGACUCCUCACUGAGAUGCAGUAGCCACACUAGAUUCUGUAAGGCAACUAACCUUUAUCUGGACUUGCGGAGGCCGAGCAGAAGUCAUGAGAGAUACAAGGAGGACUUCAUUCAGAAGGGGGAGAUCGGUGGUCACUGCAGACUGAACAAGCGAGCGCUUGCUGCUGAGGGAGAGCACAAGAGCCCCUUGCAAUCUUGCUCAUUCAUGUCAGUGUCACUGCUGGGUUUUCGGGGUUAUCAGUAUGCUGAACUUCAGACAUACACAGAGCUGGACUUUCAUCCCAUAGAGGACGGACACUGUGACAUCAUCAUCGAAAAACCCACUGUUUUUAUGAAACUGGAUGCUGGGGUGAACAUGUACCACCACUUCUGUGACUUUGUCAACCUCUACAUCUCCCAGCACAUUAACAACUCCUUCAGCGCAGAUAUCAACAUCGUCAUGUGGGACACGAGUUUUUAUGGUUAUGGGGAUUUGUUCGGUGAAACGUGGAAGGCCUUCUCAGACUAUGACAUCAUCCACCUGAAGACCUAUGACUCGAAAAGAGUGUGUUUCAAAGAUGCCUUCUUCUCCCUCCUACCAAGAAUGAGAUAUGGCCUCUUUUACAACACGCCUCUCAUCUCAGACUGCUACAGCGAGGGGAUGUUCAGGGCUUUCUCCCAGCAUGUCCUCCAUCGGCUGGACAUCCCACAAGAUGGGCCAAAGGAGGGGCGUGUUCGUGUCACCCUGCUGGCACGCAGCACAGAAUACAGAAGGAUAUUAAACCAAGUGGAGCUGGUAAAUGCCCUCAAGACGGUGCCUUUACUGGAGGUCAAUGUGGUGGACUACAAAUACAAGGAUGUUCCCUUCCUGGAGCAGCUGAGGAUCACCCACAACUCUGACAUUUUCAUAGGGAUGCACGGGGCAGGUCUCACACACCUCCUCUUCCUCCCAGACUGGGCUGUCAUCUUUGAGCUAUAUAAUUGUCAGGAUGAGAGCUGCUAUCGAGAUUUGGCUCGGCUGCGGGGCAUUCGAUACGUGACUUGGCAGAAAAUGGACAAAGUGGUCCCACAGGACAAGGGUCACCAUCCCACCCUCGGGGACCAUCCCAAGUUUACCAACUACUCUUUUGAUGUGGGUGAGUUCAUGCGGCUCGUGCUGGAGGCGGUCGACGACGUAACACAUCAUCCCAAAUGGCCAAGCCGAGCCCCUCGCGAUGAACUGUAGAGUCUCUUGUGAGUUCAGAGGAUACAAACAUCUGGCUGCUGAAGGACUCUGAAUACGAUCCUGCCUUUUUGGUAUGAUGAACAGACAUCUAGAUACUGGCAGUGUAACUUCAUUUGUUCUUCUUUUUGUGUUGUUUUUGAGUUACCACGGUCACCAGUGGUCUGAACAUUUAUCUCCCCCUGUCCACUGCUUUGAUAAGGCCUGAUGAGUGAAGGCAGCAUGGCGGACAUCGUGGGUUGGAAUGGAUUUCAUCGGCUCUAUUAGUGUCAAAUCAGUCGAAGGACGAGGCGCGUGCGGCCGCAGCAUCUGGAGAGUGAUGAGACGUGUCCUAUGUUUCUUCAUUACCUCCACUGCGACGACUUCAUUCCACGCUGGCAAAGUUGGCUGACGAGCAGCUGUUACAGCGUCCCGUCACACGCGGCAUCGUGUCAUUUUCGAUCAGCGUCACCUCGAUGCACGUCCUCCUCAAGAGUUGUUGACAAUCACGCCAAGAGUUUCUGAUCAAAUCCGCCGCUGAAAUAUACAGUACGCUGUGAUGUGUUGUGUUCACAUGCUGGAUUUUUCCACAUUUGCUGUAGUUGCAAACUUAGAUUUUUAGAUUGUCGCGUUGAAAUCGUGGUGCUUGAAGUGAUGCUCAUGAAC